AUGAAUUAAAGAAAUUUAGAAGAUAAACCAUCAGAUCAAUAUGAGAUGUCUUCUCCAUUUCUUGAUGAUGGAAUCAAUAAAUCUAACAGAUAACCUUUGCUGAUCAUUAAUGAAAAGAAUGAUUCUUUUCUAUCAAGCUCUAAUUAAAUUAACACUCCUGGAUUCAAAGGUACUUUUAAUUCAGGGACUAUUGAUUAUGGCUAUGCAUUAUUGAAUUAAUUUGAUGAAGGAGAAGAAAUUGCUGGAAAUAGAAAUGGUCAAAUUAUGAAAAAUGCUUAGUCCACCAAUAGUUUGUAUAUAUGUAAAUACUAUAAAUAUAUUUAUAGUUUAUUAGAAACUUCCUGUUUUUCUUCCAAAUUCUGUUGUUAUGUUGAUUUGGAAGGCUAUCAUAGCUGGUAUCAUUCUCCUUUAUUUUUUUGUUGUACCAAUCACAGUGUGCUAUGGUAGUGAAGUUUGGGUAUUUUAAACUAUUAAUUCAAGAUUUUCUUACCUAGCACUAAGUUCAUAAUAGAUACUCUAUCUUUCAUAUUCUUGCUACUAGAUAUAGUUUUAGAAUUUUUGACAGCUUUUUAUGAGCAUGGAAAUUUAAUUACAAAUAAAGAAAGAAUAGCCUAUUAGUAUUUAAGAUUAAACUUUGCGCUUGAUAUUAUUGGUGUUUUGGCUUUUGGUGUUUAAUCAUUUGUUAAUGAUGAUUCAAUUAAUUUAAUUUUGUUGUUAUUUUAUUUAAAAUACCCCGCACUUAUAAAAAUAGAUUAUCUUUUUGAAGAAGCCACAUUAUUGUAUAGAACAAUAAGAACUAUCUAUAAUGUAGGAAAGAUUAUUGUAUUAUUACAAUUCUGCUUUUUGAUGUUUUCCUGUAUUUUUUAUGUAAUAGGAAAGGCUAGUGUUGAAGCAGGAUAUAAUUCUUGGUUAUUAAACAAUGGUAAUUUUGGAAUUAUAGGAGAACUGAAUCCUGGAUUUUAAUUUUUCUUUUCAUAUUAUUUUGGUUUAGGAACAAUGACAACUACUAUGGGAUAUGGUGAUAUAACUCCAUUAAAUGUUUUUGAAUGCACAUGGUGUCUUGGUGGUAUAUUUUUUGCUGUUUUCAUAUUUUAAGUUAAUGUUAAUUCAUUAUUUAAAAUUAUGGAAGAAUUUAAUGUUCAUCCAAUAAAGAUAUUCAAAAAAAGAAUAGCUGUUAAUAAAUUUAUGCAAUCCAAAUAAGUACCAUUAGUAGUUUAAGAAAGAGUUAGAAGAUAUUUAAAUGAACAUUGGUAUGAAGAAGGAACUAGAGAUUUAACCUUAGAGCAAGAAGUUUUUGCAGAACUAGCACCUGAAAUCAAAGAAGAAUUAUUUUAUAAUUCAUAUGGGAAAAUGUUUUAUUAAAUUCCAUUUAUGUCAAAAACUUUCUCAAAUGAAUUUUUAAAAUCACUUUCAAUUAAAAUUGAAGAAAUUAGUUUUGCCUAAAAUGAAAUUAUAUUUUUAGAUAAUGUUGAUUAUCUAUUGGAUGAUUAUUCUAUUUAUUUUAUAGAUUAUGGUUAAAUUCUCAUCUUUGCCAACACAGGAGAAUAAAGACCAUUUUGGAUCAAAUAAUUAGAAUCGUAAGAAUAUUUUGGUGAGUGGUCUUUUUUGACUGGUAGACCAAGAUUAGCAUCUGCCUCUUCUAUUUCUUAUAGCAGAUUAUAUAAAUUAAAGAGGGAAGUCUUUAUAGAUAUUCUUGGAUCUUUUUAGGAUGAUUUUGAAAAAUAUUGGAUGAUUCGAGAUAAAUUAAUUUAUUCAAAUGACUUUAAUGUAAUAAAUAGUCUUUGUUGGAAUUGUGAAUCUAAUUCUCAUUACUCAACAAAAUGUCCUGUAACUCAUUAUUUACCUCAAUUAACUAAGGUAUAUAUUUAGUUUAUUUAUAGGAAUUAACAAACAAUUUAUAGAAUGAAUAACAACGUAGUUAUUAUCAAAGAAAAUAGAAAUAAAGAUGGCACACUAUUAUAAGAUCAUCUUAUCAGUCAUAAUAAUCAGAGAGUUUUAGAUUAAAAGAAUAAGUAAAAAUUCAUUAAAUUUUAGAAUUAAGACAAAUAGGUAUUGUAACCGAACAUCUCUACAUAGCAACAAUAGGAUCAAUAAUCAUAGAAAUAAAAGUAAAUAUUUGAUAAACCAUACUAAUUUAAACAUUACUUUCCUUAAUAAAAUUACCAUAAAAUUUAAGCCUUUCAGAAUUAAAUAGCUAUUUCAAAAAUUGUCAAUAAUCGAAAAUCUGCUUUGUUUAUUCCAAGUACAGCAUAUCGUCAAACAAAACAAUCUGCAAUUUUUGUUUGGCCAAAAUAGAGUUGA